AUGGGUUCCGGUGCAGUACUUGUCAUUGGCGCAACCGGCAACAUAGGUGUCGCUGUUGCUAUAGCUGCACUGAAGACUGGCCGUCAGGUGAUUGCCCCAGUCCGUAACAGCGCCAGCGCAGCGAAGCUUUUCGAACAUGCUGGAACGCGCGAUGGUAUUACCACUGUAGAGGCAGAUGUGACCUCCGAAGACGGUAUACGACACAUCGUUGAGCGCGUCGAAGCCGGAAAGCUACCUGCAUUCCAACACGUAUACUCUAGCGGCAUUCGGUGCAUGGAAUCCCACCUCGAUCCUGAAACUCGAUACUUCUUCUUUUCGAUCUCUCAUGGCCACAACAGUGGAGGCCAACUUUUAGAUGAAGUCGCCUAUCGAGCCACUAUACCAUACCUACUGAAGCAAGCUGAUCCCGACAGCACUUGGACUAUUGUGACAGGCGCAGCAGGGGAGCUUGGUGCUGCUGGGGCUACCGCUGUGGCUCAAGGCGCUUUGUUCACGUUGGCCAACGUGGGGUGUCGCGAAUUGGCCGACACAAACGUUCGCUUCAACGAAGUUCACCUCUCUUUCCGUGUCGAUUAUGAUGCUGUCGCCAAGCAAAAACAGGGUGGUAGUGUACCCAGUUCGCAACUUGCAGCUCACUACGUAAACCUAUUGGCUCGACGUGAUAUUAGUGGUUCACGCAUCAACUUGGGCAAGCCGGAAGACAUAGAAAAACUUCCUUUCACUAAGAAAUUGGGUUAG